AUGUCCUCUUGGACUUCGACAACGCAGAAGGAAACGGCAGAGACGUACGACAUGGAGAGUCAAUCUCCCGUCUCCAAGACCCAUGGUGGCAUUGCUCAGUUGUCGACAGUCCAGGAUGGCGAGGUAUGCCGCAAAGACGGCGGUCGAACUCCAAAAUGGUAUCAACGGCUGCUUGAUGCCGGCGUCGAGGAGAAUGGAAUUCAUCCUGUGCCUCUCGAGGCGCGGACCAAUACCAACUACAGCAACCUCUUCACCGUUUUCUUCACCAGCUUGCUUUGCUUGCUGCCGAUCCCAACGGCAUUCAUGGGCAUUGCUGGCUCCUAUACUGGAUUGAGACAGCUCGUCCAGGCCAGAUACUCCUUUGGGUAUUACCUCGUUUCUAUUCCCCUCCUCCUCAACGCCGCUACCGUAACCGGCUUCUCCCUCUCCUCCUCAAUAGUUGGGGGUCAGACACUCGCAGCCGUCAACCCGGGCCAUAUCGACGUUAAGGUUGGCAUCGUCAUCGCAUGCCUCGUCAGUUUCGCCGCUUCUUUCGUCGGGUACCGCGCACUUCACAUGUGGGAGCGUUGGCAGUGGCUUCCUAAUCUGGUCGCGAUAGUCAUUGCCGUGGGCUUCGGUGGAAAACACUUGUGGAAGCAGGCCGAGACGCCCCCGCCAACAGCAGCUCAGAUCCUCAACUAUGGAGGUCUCAUGGCGGGAUAUUUCAUCACCUUUGGCGGCACAGCAUCGGAUUUUACCGCAUACCACGACCCCAAUAAGACCACCAAGCAAGUUGCAUCUACCCCCCUGAUGUCAGGAUGGGACGCCUAUGGCAUUGGGGGCGUCAUGGCAGCCAUGUUAACCCCUGCUGGCGGUUUUGGCAAGUUUGUGCUCGUGGUCCUUGCGUUGAGUGUUAUCGGCAACAUUGCAACCUCAAUGUACUCAGCCGCUCUCUGUAUGCAGCAGAUGCUUCCGAUCUUCGCAAAGGUUCCUCGGAUUGUUUUUGUCGUCGUCGCCUUGAGCAUCAUGAUACCGAUGGCCAUUCGCGCAGCCGACGCAUGGGCCGAUUCACUUGGAAACUUUCUGGGCCUGAUCGGGUACUGGGCCGGUUGCUUUGAUGCGGUCAUCAUUGAGGAGCUGGUGCUGUUUCGCCGGAUGGACUACGACUCAUAUGAUCAUGCCGCGUGGAAUGUCGCCCGCAUGCUGCCUUCGGGCCUCGCUGCCAUCGGCGCAAGCGUGUUGAGCUUCGGGCUCACAAUACCAGGGAUGGACCAGGCGUGGUUCACGGGACCGAUUGCGAGGACGACGGGAGAUAUUGGCUUCAUUUCGGCGUUUGUGCUGACGGCGAUUUUCUAUGCUCCAUUCAGGUGGCUGGAGGUCAGAAAGCGAGGGCGCGUCUGA